GUGGGCGGGAAGGCGGGGCGGGUGGGCGGUUGGUGGGGGAAGGUGUGAGCGGGCGCUCGCGCGCGGCGUCUCCGUCCCGCCGCCACCCCCGGGACGGGCCGGACCGGACCCGGCGGCGCGAGGCAGCCCCGCGCGCUCUCCGCCGCGCCCCCCGCCGGCCCGGCCGCCGCCGUUGGAUGCGGGGCGGCGGCAGCAGCAGCAGCGCCGCGCGGAGCCGGGGCGUAAGAUGGAGGGCCUGACGCUGAGCGAGGCGGAGCAGCGCUACUACUGCGACCUCUUCUCCUACUGCGACACCGAGAGCACCAAGAAGGUGGCGUCCAACGGGCGGGUCCUGGAGCUCUUCCGCGCCGCGCAGCUGCCCAACGACGUGGUCAUGCAGAUUAUGGAGCUCUGUGGUGCAACAAGACUUGGCUAUUUUGGAAGAAGUCAGUUUUACAUUGCUUUGAAACUCGUCGCUGUGGCCCAAUCUGGUCUCCCUCUAAGAGUGGAAAGCUUAAAUACAGUAAAGGACCUUCCUCUUCCCAGAUUUGUUAUGUCAAAGAAUGAACAAGAAUCAAGACACACAGCCUUGUAUUCUUCAGAUGCUGAUAACCCAGCUUCAUAUUCAGGUGUGAUUCCUCCACCACCUGGCAGGAUACAAGUCAAAAAAGGCUCUGUGAGCCAUGAUGCAGUUCAGCAACGUACAUCAGCUGAUCAACAGGAGUCCACAUCUCCAGUUGUUUCACCACAGCAAUCCCCACCAACCUCUCCACAUACAUGGAGGAAGCACAACCGCCAUCCCAGCGGAGGGAAUAAUGAACGACCUCUUGCUGGACCUGGGCCUUUUUGGGCUCCAUUUAGUGAAGCACAACCAGGCUCAUCUGCUUCUAGUGAUCCCAUAUGGUCUGGCCAUUCACCACCACCCCAUCAAGAAAAUUGGGUCAGUUUUGCAGAUACUCCACCAACCAGUGCUCUUUUAGCCAUGCAUCCUGCUUCUGUCCAGGACCAGACAACAGUACGAACUGUAGCAUCAGCUGCAACAACAAAUGAAAUUCGUAGGCAAUCAAGUAGUUAUGAUGACCCCUGGAAAAUAACUGAUGAACAAAGGCAAUAUUAUGUUAAUCAGUUUAAAACCAUUCAACCUGAUCUAAAUGGAUUUAUACCAGGAUCUGCAGCUAAAGAGUUUUUCACUAAGUCAAAACUCCCUAUUCUUGAGCUUUCUCAUAUUUGGGAACUGUCAGAUUUUGAUAAAGAUGGUGCACUGACGUUGGACGAGUUCUGCGCUGCGUUUCAUCUGGUGGUUGCUAGGAAGAAUGGGUAUGAUUUGCCAGAAAAGUUACCUGAAAGUUUAAUGCCCAAACUGAUUGAUUUGGAAGACUCGACGGUUGGGGAACAGACUGGUGAGGUAGGUUACUCCAGCUCUCCAGCAGAAGCACCUCCAAGCAAGUCUCCAUCAAUGCCAUCCCUAAACCAGACCUGGCCAGAAUUGAAUCAGAGCAGUGAGCAGUGGGAGACAUUUAGCGAACGCUCCUCAAGCUCACAAACUCUGACCCAAUUUGAUUCUAACAUUGCACCAGCUGAUCCUGACACUGCGAUUGUGCACCCGGUUCCCAUAAGAAUGACUCCAAGCAAAAUCCACAUGCAGGAGAUGGAGCUUAAAAGAACUGGAAGUGAUCAUGCUAACCCUACUAGCCCACUACUUGUGAAACCACCUGAUCUCCCAGAAGAAAACAAAAUGAGUUCAUCUGUAAAAUUUACAUCUGGAAAUACAGUUACAGAUGGUUACAGCAGUUCGGACUCCUAUGCUUCAGAUCCAGAGCAAAUUGGAAGCACAGUAACACGGCAACGAUCACAUUCAGGAACAUCUCCAGAUAACACUGCGCCGCCACCACCCCCUCCAAGGCCUCAUCCUUCUCAUUCUCGAUCAUCAUCUUUAGAUAUGAACAGAUCCUUUUCUGUUACCCCAGGACAGCAACAGGCUGGAGUUGUUGCCUAUCCCCCUGCAGUGCCUCCAAGACCACAGCCUUCACAGGGUGCAGGUCCUCAUGUGCAUCGCCCAGUAGAUGCAGAAGGCCUAAUAGCUCAUACCAGUACCUCACCUCAACAAAUACCAGAACAGCCAAAUUUUGCAGACUUUAGCCAGUUUGAGGCAUUUGCUGUUUCAGGUGUAAACAAAGAGGAAGAAGAUGAAAUUGAAACACACUCAGAAGUCUUGCAGGUUGAAAAGCCCUCUGAUUCUGCAAGUUCUCUUAGAGUUGCCAAAGCAGAUGGAAGAGUUGAAGACAAAGCACCUGCUAAUGUCCCCACUAGUGCGGGUAAAGGCACUACCCCACUCGCUCCGCCACCAAAGCCUAUUCGCAGAAGAUUAAAAUCAGAAGAUGAGCUAAGACCUGAAGCUGAGGAACAUACACAGAAAACAGGUGUCAUAGCUGCUGUUCUUGCUUCACAGCCAUCUAUUCCUAGAUCAGUGGGGAAAGACAAGAAGGCAAUUCAGGCAUCAAUCAGACGUAACAAGGAAACCAAUACUGUUUUGGCCAGAUUGAAUAGUGAACUACAGCAGCAACUAAAGGAUGUUCUUGAAGAGAGAAUCUCCCUGGAAGUCCAACUGGAACAACUUCGACCCUUCUCUCACCUCUAAGCCUACUGCCGUUAACUGUGAAUUUACUAAUUUUGAAAGGGGUGUUGGUUUCAAAGCCUAUUUAAAGAUCCAUGCAUCUAGCUCAGUGCACUCUAUUCUACAUUAAAUGUUGUGGUUCUAUUUUGUCAGUUUGUCCACUUUUGUAUUUAAGUAUUUUAAUUUCAGUACAGAGGAAAAAAAAACCCACAACUUUUCCUUAAAAUGUGACACUGCCUCUCACAUCAUUUUCUGUGGGCAUCCGUGAUCUUUGUUGGACUUGAGUUUGCAGAGUUUGUCGCCAAAAUUUCCAACUGGAAUUUUUUUGUGGUUUCUUUUUUUCCCAUUGAAACAUCUUUGCAGAAGAGUAUUGCUAAUCAGUUGACUUCAAACUUUAAACACGUGAACUCUUCUUUAACUAUGGCAUUUAUUUUAUUGUGACAGAAAAGAGAAAAACUAGUAAUCUGUCAUCAGCCACUGUUACUUCCCAAGCUGCCUUUCACAAUUGGAGAGUUGUUCACAAUUCUAGAAGUCUGCCUCUUUGCAAUAAAUCAACUUUUUUGGGUUGACAGAGUUCUUGCAGACUGUUUGCCAUAUCAACUGCAUCUGAUUUUUUGUUGCAUACAUUAUAGAGUAUGUAACCACAGAUUGCCAGGUGUUCACGUUUUAUCCAUUCAUUAUCCUGAUUCAGCCACAUGCAUAUAAAGAUUUAUGGUACAACUGGUAGUCUGUCAAACAGACCUCUUUCUCUUUCAGUCCUCCCUUUUGUGAAGUGUUGGGUGUAAAUCCCCAACGUAUUAAUUACACGUUACCUAAGCGCCACCUGUAAUUGCAUGUUUCACACAUUACCUUUUAAUAACAGAUCACUUCCACCAGUCUUCACUAUAACAAACUGUAUUGUCAAGUAAUGUGUCAGUAUCUCUAUGAACUUCUAAUUCCCAACGAAAAAAAAAAGGAAUAAAAUAAAGUCAAAAAAUGAACAGUUUGCUUCUUAGGAUUUUUGGGGUACCUUCUGUCAUCUUGUUUCCAGGCCUUAUUUCUCUGGCAUAUAGACAGGCUUCACUAUUAACAGAGUUCCCUGAGUGUAUCCUGCUAUUCAGGUUGAUGUACUGUAUUAGGAUUUGUUGUAUAUUGUAUGAUACACACCUUUUGAUCUCAUAUGUAAAUUUGCAUUAAUUGCUGACUAACAGCAGAUAUUCUAUUUAAUGGCUUCUUCUGGCUGUGGGAUCAUAGAUGUUUAACUGCAUGGAUGUAUCUCUGCAGAAUCAGAACUAGCAGUUGUGUGAUUUUUACACCAAUAAAACAGCACAAUAUUUUAA